AUGCAUAUUACCUGGGCGUAUCUAAUAACCUUAAUAAUUUUAAUCAGUGAUCUAUUCAUUCAUUUUACUGUUGAUGUGGUUUAUGCUGAUUAUAAAAACAGUUCCUUUACUGAUAGUGGCACAUUCUUAAUCGGUACUAAUAAAUCGAAUCAGAUAGCAAGGAUACAUUACGCAAAUAGCAACGCAGUGUAUGGUAUUACAGUAUACGAAAAACUUCUUGCAACUGCUUUGGAUAAUAUCAUUGUUGUAUAUAAUAUUUCAUCCUCUGUAAGGAUCGAGAGCGUACAUAGUUUGCAGCUACCCAGGUCAAUCCGAAAGAAGUUACUGGAAUUUAAAUUUAUUGGUCAUGAAAUGUUACUUUAUUGCGACUCUUCAACAUGCAGAUUAUGCUUACUGACUUCUCCGGAGAAAUCAUGUAUGGAAUAUCUGCUGGCACUGAAUGGAAACAAAGUUGAAGAAUUGAUUUAUGCAACAGCAGUGAAGGAUUCUAACGAGAAUGUUAACAUACGAGUCGUAACUAAGAAUGCUAACCAAGCUGCCAUCUUGAGAUUCCCGCCAUAUUAUGCUGUUAGCAAGGCUGACAAAUUAACAUCCGUACAAUCAGCGGAAGACAUACGAAUCAUUGAUAGGCAUAGUUUAGCAACUGCAUUCAACAGACAUGGUUACACUUUCUUUGUGGGAUCAGCACGACGACCUUAUGAACCAUACAUCAAUGCCAGAAUGGAAGAAAUGAUUGUGAUGUCAGUUCGAAUAACUCGAAUGUGUGAUAAAGAUCGUACAGAAAAGCUGGAAUCCCGCAUUGAUAUGGCACUUGCUUGUGGAAAUUUCAGUUUAUGGACGAAUGCUGUUUCGUUAGCAGCUGAAUACGAUUCUAAUAGUGAUGAGUUGGUUGUUGUGUUCCAGAAUUCUCAAAAAAUUGGAAACACCGCGUGUAAAUAUAGAAUGGAUCUUGAAUGUCAAAAAGUUCAAAACUCUGAAGAAUUGCCUCCACAUUGUUUUAUAUUUUCUCGGCGUGCUGACGGACAUACCAUGCGAACUUGUUCGAGAUUUGGCGGUAACUAUAUAAAGGAACCGUUAGAUAAUUGUGAUUUGGAAUUGUUCCCGUCAUUUGCAUAUCGUUAUGGAUGGUUAGAACAGUUCCAUGCGUUUUCAGGACAACUUAUAGCUGUUUUACCUAGUUCGGGCGAGGAUAUCUUGUCAGUGAAACGUUUUCAUAAAGAUGGCGCGUUAUUCACUGUUCAUUCUAAUGGUAUUUUAAAUCGGGUAUCCUACCAAACAGUUCAAGUGGCAUCGUCACUUCUGUGGUCACUUCAACUGCAACAAUCUCAGUUCACUGAACAACCUCGUGCUCUUAAAUAUCACAUCGCUGCGGAUCUGUCACGUGAUCGGAUUUAUUUCGUUCAGGAUAAUGAAUUAAGCUAUGCAGAGCUGGUAUGUUCCUAUUUUUAUGACAGCUGUGACUCGCUGGAACGGUCAAAUUGGUCUGAUCCGCUUCAGUGCCUUUGGUGUGCUAUGAAAAAUGGUUCCGGCUAUGCAUUUUCGCGAUCAGAAGGCAAUAGUUGUCCAUUCUACACCGUUGACAAUCUUUGUGUUCCAUUCAUUGAACAUGUAAAUAUUCCAUCGUCAAAUUUCUCUAACUACACCUGGCUUGAAGUAUAUGGUAGGAAAUUUGAUAGACUACAAGAUAUUAUUGCCAAAGUAUGCGAUCAAAGCUGCAGUAUUUCAAAUUUCGGAUCAAUAAAGCUAUCUUGUGUUGUGAACAUAUCAAUUGAUGCUAUGGAAGAUUGCAUUUUUUGUCUCGAAGGGAAAUUGAAAUCAUUUGGCCGAUUUAGCAUCAAUUUUAAUUUGCCGAAAAAGCGCAGUUCUCACAUUACAAACAUUAUUUUGGCAAGCACACAUUCACAUUCGAAGCAUAUCAGAGCAGUUGCAACAAUAUUUGCAGUGACUGUACUCACAUUCCUCAUCGUAUUUAUUUUGUGCCUUCUUCGUCGGUUCCAUAAACGUCAACCAAACCGAAUGAAACAAUGUCGCACAAAUGGCUCACAUACAGCACUUGAUACAAGUUAUGCUACAUUCGUGACCAAUGACCUUAAAAGGAAAGCUGACGAAUUAAAAACAUUUAAUCCGUAUGAAAAUCUUUUUAUGGAAAUCGAUUCGAAAUUGCAAAUACCUCUGAAGGAUCUGGAAUUUUGUGGCGAAAUUGGAAAAGGAAAUUUCGGUGUUGUCUAUCGGGCGUUAUAUCGAAGCGCCGAUGGUCAACUAGUAAAUGUAGCAUGUAAAACAAUCGAUUCACAAAGUAAUGGUGUCAUAAUGGGCAUUAGCGAAUUUUUACAAGAAGGCUUGAUUAUGGCUAAUUUUGAUCAUCCAAAUGUUGCUCGACUUAUUGGCAUUUCCUCAACUAACAACAAUUACCCUAUCAUUGUUACUGAUUUCAUGGCUCGAGGAGAUUUACGACAUUAUAUUAUUAAUCCAGAAAACAGACUUACAUUUGGUAGUCUCCUUGAUUUUGGCAUUCAAAUUGCAAAGGGAAUGACUUAUUUGCAUGACAAACAGUUUAUUCAUCGAGAUCUUGCUGCACGAAAUUGCAUGUUAGAUGCGUACCUUGUUGUUAAAAUUGCCGAUUUUGGUUUGAGUCGGGAUGUAUCACGAUGUGGAAUGUAUCAGGCUAUACACAAAGACCGCGGAAUCCCAAUUCGAUGGAUGCCUAUUGAAUCGCUUGAAGAACAACAGUAUACAUUUAAAGCAGAUGUAUGGGCAUAUGGAAUUGUGCUAUGGGAAUUAGCUACGCGCGGUUUAAUUCCUUAUGCAGAUCUUGAAUUUAUCGAUAUCCUUCGUUUACUAAAGAGUGGACAUCGUUUGAUGAAACCGAAAGGAUGCCCUGAUAACCUAUAUCAUUACGUUAUGAGGCGAUGUUGGUUGGAAGAUCCGAAACGUCGGCCAACAUUCCUCGAAUUAACAGAAAUGAUGGAAGGUGUUGUACGACAGUUACGACGUGGUGUGUCAGGUGGUGCACUUUUGGAUGGUCAUUAUGAACGUGUUUCCGCACGUUCAUUCACUGUGCCACUCACUACCACCACCAAUUCAAGUGAUAGUACCGUUAUUACUAAUACAUGA